AUGUCAAAUGAAGAAAGACGAAAAAAAGGCCGCAAAAAAACGUAUGUGGCUCGAAAACGACGAUUAAACGCGUAUCGCAGAUCUAAACGUGAAGAAGGAUACGGUGGACGAAUGAAAGCGCGAAUGUGA